AUGCUCAAGCGAGUCGCUUCGAGAGCACCGCUUCCAGUUUCGCUGGCGGCCCUGCCCUGGUCCUCGCGCGGCGCUGAGCGUGUCAGUGGGCGGGGCAGGAAGAACGCCACUGCGGAGAUGGAUAGCGCCCGCGUGCUUUCCGUGGAGUUUGCGUCGCCCGAGCAGGCGGCGGAGGGGCUGCCGUUUGGCUUCAAGAACGAGGCGGGCCGUGUCGCACUGGACUCAGAGCGGCGGUGCCUUUUUGCGGGACUUGGGACGAAGCCCACCGUGCGUGACUACCGCCUGGCGGUGACGAGCGCGGUGCGAGAGGCGCAAAAGCUGCAGGCCUCUGCGCUGGUGCUCAAGUCGUUGCCAAGCAGCGUGCAUUCCAUGGGGGACCUCUUCCAGGAGCCCGGCGUCCUGCCGGCGGGCGACGUUGUGGAGAAGACGACCGCCUUCGCCGUGACGGCGGCCUACAAAUACGAUCGCCUGCGCACCAGGCAGGGCGCCGAGGAGGGCGGCAAAGCACCCAUGGGUCUUUUCAUUGACUCGGACGCCACCGACGCCAUCACCCGCGGCAACGUCAUCGGCGGCUGCGUCAACGAGGCACGCAGCCUGGGCAACCUGCGUGAGGACGAGGGUAUUCCACAGCUGUACGCCGAGUGGAUCGCGAAGGAGCUUGCCCCACUUGGCGUGAAGGUGCGUCACAUGCUGAAGGGAGAAAAGCUGCGCAACGCUGGGCUAAACCUCCUGUACAAUGUAGGGAAGGGCUCACGGCAUGAGCCGUACCUGGUCGUCUUUGAAUACACCGGGAACCGGUAUAGCGAAGAGGCAACUGCCCUUGUUGGAAAAGGGGUGACAUUUGACUGCGGUGGCCUGAAUGUCAAGCCGUAUGGCUCGAUGGAGACCAUGCAUUUGGACAUGAUGGGCGCCGCGACGGUGAUCUCCACCAUCAAGGCCAUCGCGUUGCUCCGGUUGCCGGUGAACGUGGUGGGCGCCGUCGGCCUCGUGGAGAACGCCAUUGGCCCGGACAGCUAUUUCCCCUCCUCCAUCCUCACAAGCCGCAAGGGACUGACGGUCGAGGUGCUUAACACCGACGCGGAGGGCCGCCUCGUCCUCGCCGAUACCCUCACCUUCGUUCAGCGGGACGCCAAGCUGACGAAGAGGCCGGGCACCGUGAUCGACCUCGCCACCCUUACCGGGGCCGUUCUCAUUGGCCUGGGAAGCCGACGUGCGGGGAUGUUUAGCAACGACCUCCAGCUGUCCCAGCACCUCAUGGCGGGCGGACGCAGCAGCGGGGACGAGCUGUGGCCGAUGCCGGUCGCCGAGGAGCACAAAAAGGCGGUGAAGGGCGGUCUCGCGGACCUCAAGAACGUGUCCACCGGCAGGGAGGCGGGCUCCUGCACGGCCGCCGCCUUCCUGAGCAACUUCAUCGAGGACGGCGUGAAGUGGGCCCACCUGGACAUUGCGGGGGCAGCGAUGGGCGGGGACAAGCCGAAGGGGUUUCAGCCCGCCGGGGCGCCAGGGUUUGGCGUGCAGAUGCUGCUGGACUACUUCCGCCUGCCGCCGCCCGACGCCGCCGCGGGCCUCGCCAACACCGGUGGAGCGGGCGCCACUUCCAACGAGGAGGACACCGCCGAUACCGCGCCGGCGAUGGCUGAUGAGACGCCCGCGGAGCCGCAGGAGCUCACGGAGAAGCCGCAGAGGAGGAGGAGGAGGAGGAGCACUCAGCCACCGCCGCCGCCGCCGACACGGAAGAGAACGCAGGCAAAGCAGCAGAAGCGGCACGCAGGGGGGCGAAGCAGUAACAUGCAAAGGGACAGAGGCUCACCACGCAGGAAGAAGAAGAAAAAGACAACGAAUCAAAAAAAGAAAAGAAAAGAAAAGAAGCACACACAUACACACAGUGGAGGAUGA